ACAGUUUCCCAGCUCUGACCCCGAGAGUCAAAGUAAGUACUUUCCAGGGACUCCUGUGAAGUGCACCCGCAGCGUGCUUCCGGCUGUUGGAAGGACAAUUAAUCAGUGAAGCUGCCUCUUCCUAAGCAAGACAACAGUUGCAGUCAGACAAGCCCUCAAGGUGAGACCCAGGAGUCUCCCACCUCCCACCUGUGCCUGCCAUGGAGCUCCUGAAGGCGCUGCUGCUCCUUUCUGGAGUCUUUGGGGCUCUUGCUGAAUUCUGUGUAAUACCACGGAUAGACAGCCAGCUGGUAGAGAAGUUGGGUCAACGUCUUUUACCUUGGAUGGAUCGGCUUUCCUCAGAGCAGUUGAACCCCAGCGUCUUCGUUGGCCUGCGACUUUCCAGCAUGCAGGCUGGGACCAAAGAGGACCUCUACCUUCACAGCCUCAAGAUCCAUUACCAGCAGUGCCUCCUGCGGUCCACCUCCAGCGAUGAUAACAGUAGUUGCCAGCCCAAACUUUCCGGGGGCAGCCUGGCGCUCUACCUGCUUGCUCUCAGGGCCAACUGCGAAUUCUUCGGGAGCCGAAAGGGUGACAGGUUGAUCUCACAGCUCAAGUGGUUCUUGGAGGAUGAGAAGAAGGCCAUUGGGCACAAUCAUGAAGGCCACCCCAACACCAACUAUUACCAGUAUGGCCUCAGCAUCCUGGCACUGUGUGUCCACCAGAAGCGGCUCCAUGACAGCGUGGUGGGCAAGCUCCUGUAUGCUGUUGAACAUGACUACUUUACCUACCAGGGCCACGUCUCUGUGGACACAGAAGCCAUGGCCGGCUUGGCCCUCACCUGUUUGGAGCGAUUCAAUUUCAACUCUGAUCUGAGACCACGAAUCACCAUGGCUAUCGAGACAGUGCGAGAGAAAAUCCUGAAGUCCCAGGCCCCUGAGGGCUACUUUGGGAAUAUCUAUAGCACCCCACUGGCACUACAGAUGCUCAUGACAUCUCCUGCAUCCGGGGUAGGGCUGGGCACAGCGUGCAUCAAGGCAGGGACAUCCCUGCUGCUCAGCCUACAGGAUGGGGCCUUCCAAAAUCCUCUGAUGAUUUCCCAGCUGCUACCCAUCCUGAACCACAAGACCUACUUGGAUCUUAUCUUCCCAGACUGCCAGGCAUCCAGGGUCAUGUUGGUGCCAGCUGUUGAGGACCCUGUCCACAUCUCAGAAGUCAUCAGCGUCACGCUGAAGGUCGCCAGUGCCCUGUCACCAUACGAACAGACAUUUUUUGUCUUUGCUGGAUCUUCCUUGGAAGAUGUCCUGAAGUUGGCACAAGAUGGCGGAGGAUUCACGUAUGGGACCCAGGCCUCCUUGUCAGGCCCCUACCUGACAUCUGUACUAGGGAAAGAUGCUGGGGACCGAGAAUAUUGGCAGCUCCUCCGAGCCCCUGACACACCCCUGCUGCAAGGCAUUGCUGACUACAAACCCCAGGACGGGGAAACCAUUGAGCUGCGGCUAGUUAGAUGGUAGUCCUACGAUCCCUCCUGAUGUCUUCACACCCUGCUGCCACCUCAAGUGCACUUGGAACAAUGCCCCCCAGAUCACCUCAGCUACCUUCCCAAAGAGGAUCUAAGCCACUCCCCACCUGGGAGCAGGAAGGGAAAAAAAACCUCCCCUAGGGAGGCUGCUAGUUUGAGUUUGGCCCUGCCUGAUCCCACAGGUCUUUCAUGAAGACUGCCCCAUAGCCUGAGGAACAGGCUGCUCUUGACUUCCUCUACAUAAAGAAGUCUGCUGGCUAUGGGUGUUGUGAGUACCACUGCUCUGGGACCAGGGUCCCACAAGAAGGACCUCCAUGGCCUGCUGUGGCUCUGACCUGCACACCCAACCCCUGCUCUCUGUUAUGAGAGUGGUGGUCCCAGUGGUCAUAAGGCAGCCUUUGGUCAUCGGCAGGGCCAUCCAAUACAAUUAAAGCCUUGAUUUACCUGACAUGGACGUAGAGUCCUGGUGCCUCGUGUUCAUGCAUGGGGGGAGGGGGAGCAGAGAUCUCUGGGGAGUUACUUGUGGUUACUCUCCUGUGUAUCACAUGGACAGUUGGCAU